CAGAGAGAAAUGCAUGAAUUUCCAAGAGUGAGAGCAGAAGGCUUGGGAUUACACAAGUGUACCCUAAACACAAAUUGGUUUUUGUUUGCUUAGGAAGUCGGGAAAGUUAAUGAUUUCCCAUAUGGACCUCAGAACCACCUUGUUUUAGGGGGAAAUGCUGUAUUGUAUUGAAUGAUGCCAUAGCUGCUGCUGACAAGGAUCCACAACGCAGGUAGGCUAAGCUUUGCUUCCUAUUGGGCAUGAUGAAGUACACUGAUUCUCUCUGGAAAAAUGGCAAAGCCAUGUGGGCUUUAAAAAAUACUUGUGACCUAUGUUGCUGAAGAAAGAAAGACUGUGUUCUUUUUUUCCUCUGGUUCAAGAGAGAAACAGAGGAUAAUAGACUGAUUCACACAUGCAUGUUCAACACUUGAUGUGUCAUCAUGUGUUGGCUUCUCAUUGGAUGCCUUUCUACAUACCAUGUGUGAACAACCUUAAAGAACCAACUUAAAGAACAGAUGCCCAAGUUUUCUUCCCACCCACUUCCAUAUCCCUUCCCCCUUCUGUGUCGUGUCUUCUAAAUAGGAAGCCUUUUCCUGGCUGAAAUGUUGUUAUGCUCACCCUAAUCUCCAAGAGCAGAGAGAUUUCGCAGGUGCCAACACUUACCUUGGGUUUGAGUCCCUUGGGAUGAAGGUCACUGAACACCGUACUGUGGUACCUCUGGUUACGAACGCUUCUGGUUACGCAUGCUUCGGGUUAUGAGCUCCGCUAACCUAGAAGUAGUUGCUCCUGGUUGCAAACUUUGCCCCAGGAUGCGAGCGGAAGUUGCGUGUCAGAGGCGCGUGCAGCGGGAAGGACCAUUAGUGAAAGCGCGCCUCAGGAUAAGAAUGGUUUCAGCUUAAGAACGGACCUCUGGAACGAAUUAAGUUCAUAACCAGAGGUACCACUGUAGUGUCUUUUUGAAAUCUAGCUUUAUUUGCAAAUAUGUACAGCCUGAGCAUAAGACGACAGGGCUAGCAAUAAAUACUACCCAUAGCUUUGGUUUUGACACCGAGAGCAAGUGUGUGCCUUCACUGCUACAAGUUCCUUUUUUUUUUUUAAAUGAUAUUUAUUGAAAAAUUUUUAGAAUUACAGAAAAGAACACAGCAGAAAAAGAAAAAAAAGAAAACAAAGAGAAAACAAACCACAUCAAACAAUGUAAAUUCAAAAAAACAAAAAUACACCACAAACAGAUAAAAACAAAUCCAUCAUUCUCGAAUCCUCAACUUUCAUUACCUUCUUUCUUUGACCUCCUCCUCCUCCCUUUUUUUGUAUCCUAGUUAUUAAUUAUUGCAGCAAAUCCUUACCAUAUUUCAUAAUAUUCUGUCAUUACAUUACCUUAAUCUAUUUUCAUCUUAUCUUAUAGAAAACCUUAAAACUUAAAACUUAACUCUUAUUUUUACCAACUUCUCAUAACCAUAAUAUUCUUACCUAAUUCUUUAGACAUUUUUGCUAGAGCCAAGUAAUUUCGUUCCAACAUUUUUCUAACAUCCAUCAAUUUUAUAAAACAAUCCUAGUAAUAAAAAGAAAGAAAUAAAAACAAUCCAAUCUUCAUCCAGCGUCCCUUCCUCCUGGUCCCGGGUUUUGUCAGUCCUCUUUAUCCCAUUGAUCUAGCGCAUUAACCUGGUAACCUUGUAUCCGAGGCCCUUAAGUCUCUUCCAUGUCCCUUCCCUUCCAUGUCCCUUGAUAGUGUUUUUGACCCUUUUCAACAAAUCAGCCCCUUUUCCAAAGUCCAGACUAAAGUCCAUAUGGUAUUUAAAAACAUGUUUCAGAAUCUCUCCAAUAUUAAGAGCCCCCACAGCCCCAAACAUCUCACGGCCCAUUGCCAGACUUGGAAAGUCCAAACAUCCCUGCAUAGGGGGGUCUAUCCAACCCCUCAUUUCCAAACCAGUCCAAACCUUAUCUUUCCAAAUCUAGCUUUUUCCAAGUUCAUUUGUCAAAUCCAAAAGCUCAUGUUCCUGCAGGGCCACAGCUGGAAUGUGUGCAGAGGAGGGCAACCAGGAUGAUCAAGGGUCUGGGAACAAUGCCUUAUGAGGAACUGUUGAGGGAGCUGGGUAUGCUUAGCUUGGAAAAGAGGAGACUGAGAGGAGAUAUGAUAGCCAUCUUCAAAUAUCUGAAGGGCUGUCACAUGGAAGAGGGAACAUGCUUGCUUUCUCCUGCUCUGGAGGGUAGGACUCAAACCAAUGGCUUCAAGUUACAAGAAAGAAGAUUCUGACUAAACAUUCGGGAAAACCUUCUGACAGUAAGAGCUGUUUGGCAGUGGAACAGUCUCCCUUGGGAGGUGGUGGACUCUCCUUCCUUAAGCAGAGGUUGGAAGGCCAUCUGCCAUGUAUGAUCUAGCUGAGAUUCCUGCAUUGCAGGAAGUUGGGCUAGAUGACUCUCGGAAUACCCUACAGCCAUAUGAUUCUAUGAGCAUCAUCUCAUUCAUGAUGCUGAGAUAAUAAUCAGAUCUUAAAACCAGCACUAGGGAACCAUCACAGCACAGGCCUAUUGUGCUGAUGUCCUACUUGUGGGCUUCGGAUUUGCAUCUAGUUGGCUAGACAAGUACUAGAUGAUGCUCUUUUGGUGUUCUUACAUCCACAGCAAGAAGGGACUAUGAUUGUACACGAUGGGGUGGGUUUGUUUCCAUCAACUUUAUUUUAGGAAAUUAAAAGCAAGCAUUCAUAGACCAUGAAAUCUUGGCUACCAAAAGUCAAGGGCAGGGAGUCCCUUUUUUAAAGGGUCAGCUAAGGAUUCAACAGAAACAACUCCCUUGCGCAGUGGUCUAACUUUGCCUAAUGGUAGGGCUGGCCCCGAAAGCAAAGUUUGCCAAGCUUGCAGCGGUGCUAGGGCCCCACAGUCCAACUGCCAAGAUGCUUGGUUCAAGACUUCCUCCCUCACUGCUCUACAGCAUCCAGUAAUUGGUUGCUCACAACACACGACAACAAGUGUCCUCCCCCCCCCUCCAGUUUUCACAUUAUUCAGCAUUAGUAUGAAGAAAAGCUCUUGGGAUGAGACAAUUACAAAUAAUUCCUGACUGAAUGGUUUCGAAGACCCCCACUUCAUUUCAUGUGAAAUAAAAAGUACAGUGGUACCUUGGGUUACAGACGCUUCAGGUUACAGACUCUGCUAACCCAGAAAUAGUGCUUGAGGUUAAGAACUUUGCUUCAGGAUGAGAACAGAAAUCGUGCUAUGGCGGCACGGCAGCAGUGGGAGGCCCCAUUAGCUAAAGUGGUGCUUCAGGUUAAGAACAGUUUCAGGUUAAGAACGGACCUCUGGAAUGAAUUAAGUACUUAACCCGAGGUACCACUGUACAGGGAAAAUGUGGUGUGUCUUAUGUUAAUGUGUUGAGCAUUCUCUUCGCAGGAAACGGGGAAAUCACUGAAGAUAAGAAAUUGCAAUCAUGAAGGUUGCUGAGUCAGGAAAUGUGAAUGGAGCCGUUGUGGAAACAAAAGCAGCAGACCUGUCUAAGGAGGAGGAAGGUCCCAAGGAACUCACAGCCAGGACAAAAACCUCGUGCUGCAAAGGGCUGAAGGUCCAGUGAAUUCCUUACUAUUACUAUGUCUUUUCUUUUCUAAAAAAAGUCUAACGUUUUCUGCUUUGCAACAGUCUUUUUCUAAAAAGACACUUCCAUUUGGAAGUGUAUGGUUUUCAUUUGAUACCCACCACUGAUAGGGUUGGGGUUCUGCCUUUUUCAGUUUCAUGGACCUGGGGAGUUACUAAGCUACAGAUGCGGAGUCAAUGACUCUCCAGGUGUUUACAAAUUUGGGGGGUGAAGCUGGUACCUGCAUAGCCAUUCCUCUACUCACGUUAUGCCUUCUCUUGUUCUUCAGAAAACAUGAAAGGGGGUAGAGUUAAUUUCAGGACAUAGGCAUCAAAGGAAGCCAACAGGGUGCCCUCCACAUGGUGUUGGGUUCAAACUCCCAUCUGUCGCAGCCAGUUUGGCCAAUAAUUAGGGGUGAUGAGGGUUGUUGUCUUGUACCAUGUUCCCCAUCUCUGUUCUAACUCCAGAUAACCCUGGUUGCACAUCUUGUUGCUUUAUGCGUGAGAUGCAGAAUCACCGCAUGGGAAUCAUUAACACAAAGGAUCGUUAGAUGUCAAGGCUAGGUCUGUGCACCCUGCCAAGGCAGUUCCCAGACACGACAUCAUCAGCACACGACAGCCUUGAGCAACUGCCAGCCACUCAUGAUGCAGGAUCUAUCCGCCACGCCAUAAAUAUUUAUUCACGAGGUUCCCUGGGGACUAAGAGUGCGGUUUUCAUUUCCCUCAGUGCCCCAAAGCAUCAUUACAACAACCUCACCCUAAUGUGGGUCCCUCCAAGCAUUCAGGACCACAACUCCCAUCAUCCAUGAUUAUUGGCCAUGCCAGCUGGGGCUGGUGGAAGCCAGAGUCACAAACAUAUGGAGGGUACCACAUUGGGGGGAAGACUGGCUUAUAAUGAUAAUCAACAAAGAAUUGAUCAAUAUGAUCUAUAAGGAUGAGGCCAAUGAAUUUGCAGAUGACAUCAAACUGGGAGGGGUAGCUAACACUGCAGAAGACAGAAUCAGAAUUCAAGAUGGCCCUAACUGAUUGGAGAACUGGGCCCAAACAAAAUGAAUUUCAACAGGGACAAAUGUAAGGUUCUGCACUUAGGUAGGAAGGACCAGUUACACAAAUAUAAGACGGGGAACACCUGGCUUGCCAGCAGUACAUGUGAAAAGGAUCUAGGGGGUCUUAGAAGCUUAGCCUGUGGCAACAGUGUGAGGAAGCGGGGGGGGGGGGGAGCUAUUGUUGUUCCAGGCUUGUAUCAAGGGAAGUGAUAGUAUCACUCUGUUCUGCCAUGGUCAGACCACAGCUGGAGUACUGUGUCCAGUUCUGAGUGCCACCAUUUAAGAAGGUUACUGACAAGUUCAGAGGAAGGCAACCAUGAUGAUCAAGUGUCUGGAAACCAAGCCUUAUGAGGAACAGUUGAAGCAGUUGGGUGUGUUUAGUUUUGGAAAAAGGAGACUGAGAGGAGAUAUGAUAGCUAUCUUCAAAUAUCUCAAGGGGUGUUACAUGGAAGAUGGAGAAAUCUUGUUUCUUCCUGCUCUGGGGGGUAGGACCCAUGCCAAUGGCUUUAAGGUACAAGAAAGGAGAUUCUGACUAAAUAUCAGGAAAAACUUUCUGGCAGUAAAAGCUGUUCAACAGAGGAAUGGACUCCCAUGAGAGGUGGUGGACUCUCCUUCCUUGGAGGUUUUUAAGCAGAGGUUGGAUGGUCAUCUGUUGUGGAUUCUUUAAUUGAGAUUCCUUGAGGUCCCUUCCAACUCUACGAUUCUGUGAUUCCAGGAGCAAUAACAAAAAAUAUUGUUGAGCCUCACUUGUGGUGUGAAAUAUUUGAGAGGGAGGACUACCUACUAAACUUCCUAAAUGGCUCUUCAUAAUACUGUUUCUUGGGCAUGGCUUGAUAGCUGCUCAAAAGCAUUUGCAGAUGACUUAAGUCACACACAGCCUAUCAGAUCCUGGGAAAAUACAGUUGAGGGACUACUUCAAACUCUGCUGCUGGAGCAGAGCCCCUUCUGCCUAGUUCCUUUAUUGCUUUCUGGGAGGAGGAGAAACAAAUCUAGGGGCCAUUGUGGUGGUUUAAGACCUGUCCCACACCUGUUUAAGACUUGAUAUUGAGGGACUACUCUGGAAUCUAAGGAUCUUAACAUAUCACAAUUCUCAUGGAACAUCUGAAAGACGGCUUGCCUCCUGUUAUUUUUUCAUCCCAAUAAACCGAAAAAUAAACCUGCCUGGGGGAAAAAAGCCUAUGACCUUUUGACUGCAAACUCUCUUCUCCCUUGGCACAGAGAAGUCAACAGCGCCCCAAAGUUCAAAACCCAAUCCAUGCUGUUUACUCACUUGUAACUAUGUUAUUCAAGCACUUCUAACUUUUAACCGGUGCAUCAGGACUUUGUUUGUUUUGGGACCAGAUGAAAUACCAAGAGGGCUGUGUUGACAAAGCUGGAGACUAUUUGGAUAAACAUUGAACCCAAGACUACCCGCCUGAACUGGCAACGGAGUGAAAUCAGUUCAAAACGUAUAUUGGCUUCUGUUUUGCAUAAGUGUCUGUGCCUCUCUGGGAUGGGGAAUUACUAGCUUGCAAAAUACAUCGGAAGUGUCUUGUGACAGCCAAUCAAAUAAGGAUGUUGUAGCAUUCUUGCAUAGUUGAAAUACACCAUCAGUGAUUGCAUAUAAAGAGUUUCUGACUUCCAUCUCUUUGUCACACUGUGCCAUUACCAAGAAAUAGCACUCGGGGCAGGGCUAUGCUAAUGAGCAGGAGAGAGAGACUGAUUCUCAGUUGUUUGUGUAUUUUUUCUUGUGUUAACAGCAAGGCUGUUGGAGAGGAUAGACAUAACCCAUUGAAAUGAAUGACCUCAAGUUUGUUGCAUGCAUUAAUUUCAAUGGGUCUACUCUGAGUAGGACUGACAUUGGCUAUAAGCCAUCGACUACAUAAAACUUUUUCUUCUGAAGGACAAAGUUACUUCUGGAAGGACUUUAAUCUCUCAGAGAAUAGGGAAGGGUGGCUUCCAUUAUCCUGGAGAAAGCUCGUUGAUGAUGUGACAUUACCCAAUCCCACCCCUUUUCCCAUCUUUCAUUAGGCCUUCCUUGCUGCCCUGGCAUUCACCUACUUCAGUAAAGUGUUUUCUGGGGCUAUGAUGAAAAGUUCCUUCACCCAAAUGGAAAGGAGGUUCGGCAUCUCUUCUUCUACGGCUGGCUUCAUGGAUGGAAGUUUUGAACUGGGUAGGUAGUCAGAGAGAAGCCAUGUAGUGGGGAGCAGGAGGGGAGAAAGCCCUUGGAGAGGUGAGCUGAGAAUAAUGUGGAUCACCACCUUCCAUUCCUUGCUCUUCCUCACAACACUAUAUACACCUUCUGGGUGAGAAAGGUUCCUUCUUGGUGGAUGCUGAUUCAAAGGAUCAUGAGUGAUAGGGACAUAAGGAGAGUCCUGCUGGUUCACAGCAAAGGCCCAUUGUCAUGAUUGGCUGGACACAAAGAAAUGGUAGGAGGCAGCAGCUGGGGAACUCCCAAAGGAUGAAGGCUCAGAGCCUGGGGAUUGAUGGUGGGACCAUGAUGAGUGGUCACAGGGAGAAGAGGCGGAAGUCUAGGAAGAAGAGGCAUUGGAAGCUGAAGAGAUAUCAGUGUUUAGUGAGUGGGAAGAGUCUGUGGCAGAAAGAAAUCCAGAAUCGGAGGCAGAAGAAGGAAAGGAGGGAGGCCAAGAAGCAGAGAUGAGUCCAGCUGGUGAAGAAGAGUCAAGGUGUCACCCCCUCCUGCUGGGACCAGGACUCCCAGGACCAGAAGAGGCAUGCAGAGGGAGGAGCUCAGACAGGCAUACCGGCAGAGUCUCAGAUUGCUUGGGAAGGGCCUGAGGGAGGAGGAGAUUUAGGCAGCUGUAGGAAGGUGGGGACCUUCAGCCUCUGCAACUGUUUCAUGGGGCAAGACCCACUAAGAAGAAUUGCUGUGGUCAUUAAGACCCUUUGUGACAGUUGCAGGGAACCCGUGUCCCCCCUCAUGUUCCUGGACUACAACUCCCAGAAGCCCCAGGCAGCAUGGCCAGUGGUCAGAGAUAAUGGGAGUUGCUGUCCAAGAACAUCUGGAAGUGCAUCUGCGCCGUAGGAUGUGAUGCAACAGCCUCAUUGCAACAGCAAUGGUAGCCAGUCAUUGACCAACUGUGUAGGGAAACCAAUUUUAUCAUAACUUUACCAUCCCUGUUUCCUUGCAGUGGCCCCCGCAAAGAACACCAGCGGGUUCUGAGAACAAGUGCUAAGUGAUUUAGCAACGAAUAAAUACUCUAUCAUUAUUUACGUUGUUUUUCAGGGAAUCUGUUGGUGAUUGCGUUCGUGAGUUACUUUGGGGCAAAAUUCCAUCGGCCAAGAGUGAUUGCUCUCGGAUGUUUCAUCAUGUCUCUUGGGAGUUUUUUAACAGCAAUGCCUCACUUUUUCAUGGGAUAGUAAGUACAAGCGUGUUUACAUUUAGUUUGUUAGAUUGGCCACACCUCUUUCUCUGAAGGAUAUUAUUUGAGAUGCAGAAUGAAACAUAUAUAAAGAUGAAUGGCAGAGGUGAACAUAUCUGUCCCUUUCUGGUUCAUAACAAUUUCAAAUAUGUCUUGGGACAUGUUUCAUCCCAGUAUAAACGUUUCAAAACAUGUUGGUUUGUAUCCAAUGCUAGUUCAACUCAGGACAGACACAUUCAAAUGAACGGCCAUGCCUAACUUAGGUUCAUUAAUUCUAUCGGGUUUACCCUGAGAAGAACUUCAUUAGGUACAAACUCUUUAAUAUUAAAAUAUGCAUUUUUGUACUUUUUCCCAAAAAGAAGAAACUUGCGGCUAUAUUGCAAAAUUCAGGAUAUAAAAAGGAUAUAAUUACAUGUAGAGAUACAGGACAUUCACCACCUUCGCUGGUUCCGAUUUAACAGACACAAGACAGCUUACAAAAAUCAAAACACAAAAUACAGUAAAAAUAACAUUGCCGAAACAAUAAUGAAAUGUAGCAGAUUGGAUCCAGGCUAAGACUGCAAUCCUAAUCCUAUUUGGUUAUCCUUCCCAUGUUGUCUGUGUCUGCUUAGAAAUUAAUCCCACUUAUGUCUAGGUUAAGUGCUUUUGGUGUAUCUCCAAGAUGGCCAGUGUCAGCUAGAGCUACCAAACUUCUUUGCAGCCACUUUGACUAAGCAACUCUUGACGGUGCAUUAAAUAGUUCUGAAAUUUAGGAAGAAAUCCCCAUUCUUUACUUCUUCUUAUCUACAUUGUCUAUAAUUGCAAAUGAUCACCAUGCUAUUCCCACUCUCCAGUGCCAAGGCAUCUCUCUGCAUCUUUCUUCAUCAAUAAUAAUAAUUUAAUAAUAAUAAUAAUAAUAAUAAUAAUAAUAAUAAUAAUAAUUUAUUUAUUUAUAUCCCGCCCAUUUGGGCUGGGUUUCCCCAGCCACUCUGGGCGGCUCCCAACUGAGUGUUAAAAACAAUACAGCAUUAAAUAUUAAAAGCUUCCCUAAACAGUGCUACCUUCAGAAGUCUUCUGAAUGUCAUAUAGAUUCUUUGACAUCUGAUGGGAGAGCAUUCCACAGGGCAGGUGCCACUACCAAGAAGGCCCUCUGUCUGGUUCCCUGUAACCUCACUUCUCGCAGUGAGGGAACUGCCAGAAGACCCUUGGCGCUGGACCUCAGUGUCAGGGCAGAAUGAUGGGUGUGGAGACGCUCCUUCAGGUAUACAUGACUAGGGGCUUAUCCAAACUUGCUUUUGUGCCAUAUUUCUAGGCACAGGUUCGUGUUUUAACACUCCUCAUCCAAGCGCCUUUUUUUGGGGGGGGGAAGUGUUUCCUCCAUGAAAACCCGCUCAACAAUCUGUGGAAAACCCGAAUUGCCAUUUGCUCUGAUUCAGCAUUAAAGAGUGUGUUUUCUUGGAGAAAGCGGGUAGCUCAUUUUGUCACAGAACCUUAAAGUGUGGACCUGUGCCUGGAAAGGAACUGUGGGAUGAACCUCUGGUUUACCUUUCUUUUCAGUUAUAAAUAUGAGACAUUAUCACGAGGAUCUGAGAACUCGACAUCUAACGUCUCUCCUUGCUUACUGAACCAAACAGUCCCAGAAUCACCAGGGAUGUCUGUGUCGGGUAAGGUUGUGGUUUCUCCAUGGAAGUUUGUAAGUAGCCCAUCAGAAGUGCUGGGGAAAGGGCAGAGAUAUGCUGGCCCUGAUCCCAAUAUCCAUGCAUUGAGCAUGAAGGUUGAGUAGGGGAGCUUCUAAUAGUGCUCAGUUUAAUGCAUUUGGAAGCCUUCCAACCUUUCCAUUCAAUGUGGGGAGAUCAGGGGUUGAGCAGGCAGGGGCAGAGAUUUGGGGAGCAGAGCCGGUGCCUCUACUCAGUAUUUGCCCACUCUUGUUCUUUUGAACACUUGGAGAAGGCUAGUGUAAAGUGCUGAACUGUAUGUACAACAGGUAGCCCACAUGUUGCCCUCUGGAUCUUGUUGGACUCCAACACCCAUCAGCCCUAGCAAUCAUGGACAAAGGUCAGGGUUCAUGGGAGUCGUAGUCCAACAAUAUCUGGAGGGUCACUCGUUUUCCAUUCUUGCUAUAUGGUGAGCUCUGAGCAUUGAUCCUUAAGCAAGCAAAAUGGAACCAAUGGAUGGCCUUGGGGAGCUCUAGACCCACCUCUAUGAUUCUCCAUCCUGUCACUUAUUCCAUGUUAUAUUUUACCCCACACCAAGUCCAUAUCAUUGGCUACCACUAGUGGAUGUGGGCAUGGAACCGCAGAUAAUGACACGUGAAAAGGGGUGGAUUGGGGUAUUUCUUUUGGCAUUUGCAAACACCAGGUUCCUCAUCCCUCAUCCAUAACAGGUGCACGUGUAUGUACUUCUGUGCUUGAUGAUUGAGGAGUGCUUACAGCUACUGAUGGUGUGAAAUAUGGUGGCUCACUGGGACAGGACAUUUCCACAAUGUUAUGAUGCUGCUGAAAGAAUUGCAUUGGCUUCCAAUUAGCUGAGUUCAAUGUGCUGGUUUUACAUCUACAGCUUGGGACCAGGGUGCCUGAAAUAGCAUUUCUAUCCUUAUGCGCCCUGUCAAUCGCUGUGCUCUGGAGCUGAGGGCAUCCUGCAGAUACCAGGAAGUCCACUCCACACAGCUUCAGUGCUGUGGCACCUUUCCUUUGCAAUUCCCUCCUGUCAGAAUUAGACGGACACUAUCUCUCUUGUCUUUUUGGUGCCUACUGAAAACCUUCCUUCUGCAACAAACCUUUUAAACAGAGAUCUUUCCUAGUCUGCAUUAUUUUUUAGAUGUUUUCUUUGUUCUGUCAUUUAUGUGUUUGCCACUCAGUGGGUGGCAAAAGGUAGAUUAUCAUUAUCGUUAUUAAUGUCAGAUGUAUUAUGGAGCUCAUUUUGUCAGGCAAAAUGAGCUUCUGAUCCCCAGACCACAGUGUGGAGAAGAGAUUAUAAUAAUAAUAAUAAUAAUAAUAAUAAUAAUAAUAAUAAUUUAUUAUUUAUACCCUGCCCAUCUGGCUGGGUUUCCCCAGCCACUCUGGGCGGCUUCCAACAAAAGAUUAAAAAUACAUUAAAACAUCAGUCAUUAAAAACUUCCCUAAACAGGGCUGCCUUCAGAUGCCUUCUGAAGUCAGAUGGUUGUUUAUUUCUUUGCCAUCUGAUGGGAGGGCGUUCCACAGGGCGGGCGCCCCUACCCCGGGUGUAGUAACCGGGCGCCCAGCCACUUGCCCCUCCCUCACCUGUCUUUGCUUCUCUGGCCAGAACAGGUUUCUGGAGCAAGGCUGGCAAGCCUGUUUACUUUUCCAGAAACAGGACAAAAUAGAACCAGUAGGGCUGCCACCACUCCCUCAACCCAGGGUUACCAGAAGCCACAGCUCAAGGGAGCCAGCUGUGCUCCUUUGUUACCGGCUAACCCCCAAACUGCAAGCUGUUUUCACGAGCUUGCAGGCAGAAAUCCUUUGAUACAGCGCAACCAAGAAGUCUAGACGCUGGAAUUAGCCAUUCCCCCGGAUAGGCACACACAACACAAGAAUAUGUCUUUCUUAAGAUUUAUUUUAAAAACAUAAAAAACAUGCUAAUAAGCAGGCACAUCAUUUGGUACAUUACAAGUACAGAAAAAUAAAAACGUUGUAAAUUAUAGCUAGCUAUAUACUCACUUCUAUACUCUAAGGCAAAGCGAGGAUAGUUAGAGUCUUUCAGAAAUCCACAUCCAAAGGUCUCAGAAAAUCUUCAAGGCAAAAGCACAAAAAGACGAAAAGACGGACAUCAGGAGCCGGGCGAUUCCUUGCGAAAAUGCGGAGCGCAUCUCAAACCCAGUUACAAGAUAUUUUAUCCAUAAUUUACAUGUGGACUUAGAAACCCCAAAACCCAAUCAGAACCCUUUGAUUACAUUUGAAUUCUCCAAUUCUAACUUGUGGCAGCUGAGCCAAUUAAACCUGCAAAACCCAAUUAAUCCUUCAGAACCCAGAUCAAGGGGUUUCCUCCCUUCCCAUGGAGACUGGUAGAACUUAGGCAGAUGUACAUUCUCAGGCAAUCAAGGAUAGAUAGCAUUUCAAAGGGUAUGGUCACAGCUUCGAACACAGGUGUUUAACCUUCAAAUUAGCCCAACAAUUCCUUUCCCAUAGAAGUCCUCUCACGCCCUUGGAGCCAGCGGGCCCACAAAUUAAAGCAACAGGACAGCUCUCAUAUUCCUUACUUUGUUUCCCACAAAGCCUCACUCUCCACUUGACCAAAGAAUAGCGACUAGGGGAGUACUAACUUUACUACACUGGGAGCAUAGGAAUUGGACAUCCCACCACCAGAACAUCCUUGGUGAACAUCUCCUGUUUGGGAUUGCUUGGGAGGAUAUGUGUUUCUGUGCAAAAGGCAUGACUACGUACUCCUGCUAUAACUGCUGUUAUUUGCAGGCUGUGCAAAAGAAGUUGUAUCUUAUGCGUGGAUUUAUGUCUUGAUGGGGAAUCUACUACGUGGAAUAGGUGAAACACCAAUAACUCCACUGGGCAUAUCGUACCUGGAUGAUUUCUCGAGAGAAGAAGACACUCCUUUUUAUAUUGGUAACGUCUCACAGGAAAAUCUCAUCUCUAGUACUAAAUAAAGAUAAAGGGACCCCUGACCACUAGGUCCAGUCGCGGACAACUCUGGGGUUGUGGCGCUCAUCUCGCUUUAUUUGCCGAGGGAGCCGGUGUACAGCUUCCGGGUCAUGUGGCCAGCAUGACUAAGCUGCUUCUGGUGAACCAAGCAGCGCACGGAAACGCCAUUUACCUUCCCGCUGAAGUGGUACCUAUUUAUCUACUUGCACAUUGACGUGCUUUCGAACUGCUAGGUGGGCAGGAGCAGGGACCGAACAACGGGAGCUCACCCCGUCACGGGGAUUCGAACCGCCAACCUUCUGAUUGGCAAGCCCAAGAGGCUCAGUGGUUUAGACCAUAGCACCACCUGCGUCCCAUGUACUAAGUAGUGCCUGACAAAAACAAAGGCAGAUUUUCAAGCUGCAGCACUCAGAUUUUGCACCUGCUCCUGAGUUGGAUAGCAUGUCAAAAAGCCUCUUUAUAGUAAAAUCUGACUUUGGUCAUCAGCAGAGUUAGAAGCAUUUUGCAUUCAUGUUGUCUAAAUUUGAAUUUAGACAACACCUGCUGAAGGACACUAUCAAUGUAUGUAUGAUAAGGCUGCAACCCUGUAACCACUUACCUGAGAGUAAACCACAUUGAACUCUAUGGACCUGACUUAUUAGCAGACACGUGUAGAAUUGCACUGUUAAAUGUGUGUUCGGAAAUGCAAGCUUGAUCCCAAUUAUUCAUAACGUGAUUCUUUAAACUAGGUGAAAUAUACUCGGAGUCGCGAGUGGAUUUCAUGCUCUUUAUUCAGCUCAUAGUGGUGAGGAGGAAUGGAAGUUCCCCCAGAAUGUCUGCUUUAUAUACAUUAUUUACACAUUGGGCCCCACGUGAUUGGCUAGUUCCAGGAUUCACCUGUAGGCCAAUCUGGUUGCAGAUUCACUUCCACCUGGAGCUGGAUUGGGUGGCUCCUGUGGACCAAUCAGACUGCUGCAUUCUGAAUCCUAUUGUUCUAGGACCAAUCAGACUGCUGCAUUCUGAAUCCUAUUGAACUCAGUACAUAACACUAGGGCUGUGCUACCUUUUCAUCCGUGAAGAGUGGUCUUUCAAGGGGCAUGAAAUAUAGGAUAUCCCAUCCUGCUCUGAAGCUUGUGUGCACUGGAAUAUACUGAUAAUAUUUUCUUUAUAACUGCAGGCUGUUUGCACACAAUAGGAAUGAUUGGCCCAAUGGCUGGUUUCCUUUUGGGAUCUCUGUUAGCCAGACUGUAUGUUGACAUUGGCUUCGUGGAUCUAGGUGAGUUGCAAGCUGAAGAUUGGUGGUUGUAACAUGUGGCGUGCAGCAAAGCUUGACUCACGGCUUUGAAUCAUAUGGAGCUGUGAGCUCUGUAGCCUUCACAUUUGGAUAGCUCCCAAGCCCAAGUGGGAUGCUUUGGAAAGAUUUGGAGUUCUUGUUAUUAAAUAUACCAAGAAAAAAGCACACCAAGAACUCAGGCCAAUAUAAGUUUCAGUUGUGGGAGAUUAUGAGCUCAAACAGAGAUUACAAACUCAAACUCAUAAAGAUAUGUAUAACACAAUAAUUCGUUACAGAAUUAAAGAUAAGAGUUUAUGAGUAGAGAGAGGUCUGAUGAGGCCCUAAGCUACUGAAGGGGCCCUUUAAAUGUCCAGCUGUCCUUUGUCAACAACAAAUUGUCGUUGUUUUUUGUGUUGAAUAUAUGCUAUAUGGUAAUUUAUGGACCUAAUAGGUAUCUAAAGCCAUUUGCACAUAACAAAAUAUGUGAUAUUUUAGGGAGCAGGCUAGCAGCGGGGGCCAUUACUUAUAUCAUAGGAAACUACACAACACAAAACACUGUUGCUGUAUGUAGGUUUUAUUUUAUUUGUUUUUUUUCUUAUAUUUUGGAGAUGUACAUCCAGUUUUUUUCUUUUAAUUUUUUUGGGGGGGGCCCAAGCGAGUGGGGCCCUAAGCUAUAGCUUGUUUAACUUAUACGUAAAUCUGGCACUGGUGCCAGCAUUUGUACACAGUUAUUUCCCAUAUAUUCAAUAAACGUUCCCCAAUCAUCUCUAAAAAUAUGUUCUUCUUGUUCUCUCAUUCUAUAUGUUAAGUCUGCAAGCUGCACAUAUUCUGUCAACUUAAGUCACCAUUCUUCUUUGGCUGGGACCUUGCUCGUUUUCCAUUUUUGGGCUAGCAAAACACGGGCCGCAGUAGUGGCAUACAUUAAUAACCUUUUUUGACACCUGGGAAUUUCAGUCUGAAUUAUCCCCAACAGAAAAGACUCUGGGUUUUUUGGGGAAAGCGCUUUCUCCCUUUUCGUUUCUUACCAUGGAUAGUUGAAGAACAGAUGGACUUUGACCUGUCUCUUACUCUAGAUACGGUAACGAUAACUCCGACUGAUUCCCGCUGGGUUGGCGCAUGGUGGCUGGGCUUUUUGAUCGCUGGCGUCUUCAAUCUGAUUUCCGGCAUCCCUUUCUGCUUCCUGCCUAAAAGCCUGGACAAAGAAGGAACGAGCGAUCCUGAAAAGAAAAAACUGGAAAGUCAUGCUGAUGAAAGCCAUAUACAGAAGCCUGAAAGUCAACGAGGAGCUCGCUUCUCAAAACUGAAAGGUGGAAGAUCUGCCCUGGCGGCCCAGGACCUAUUCCAUGGGUCGGCAAACUAAGGCCCAGAGGCCGGAUCCGGCCCAUUUGCCUUCUGGAUCUGGCCCACGGAUGGUCCAGGAAUCACCGUGUAGAUCAGCGUGGGGAUUCUGAUCAUUUGGGCCGUGCCAUUUCCCCCCCUCCCUCACACACACCAUGGCGGCGCCUCCUCCCUCCCUCCUCCUGGCUUCUCCCUGCCCUGCCUAGAGGGGGAAGGGGGUUGGGCUUUGUUGAGUGCCAUUUUAAGCAGCCCCUCUCUGGAGCCAGCCCUUUCGCGCUGCUCAUUGUCCCGCCGCCAGCCCCUGCCGCUCGCAAGGCACAGGUAAGCAGCCACCGGGGCUCGUCCGGUGCUGUGGAGAAGGGAGGGGAGAGUCGUGGGGGGAUUCCCCCCCCCAAAAAAAUAUAGUCUGACCCCCCACAAGGUCUGAGGGACAGUGGACUGGGCCUCCUGCAGAAAAAGUCUACUGACCCCUGACCUUUUCAGUCGUGUCAGGCUCUGGAUGGUCAGUUGAAUGGAGAAGGGGAAGCACUGCAACAAAGGAAGGCCGUUGGGCAGUGGUAGGCAGGGAUGUUAGAGAGAAAUAGAAAUGAGAGGGGAAAUUAUUAUUAUUAUUAUUAUUUGCAUAAAUUUUUAUUCAGGUUUUUUUUCCAUAAUACAAUGCAAUUAAAAACAAACCAAAUAAAAGCAAAACCAGAAAAAAUGAAAAAAAUGCUAGUGAGCUGCAGUUUUGCCACUUAUUGCUGCCGCAGCUCAGAGAUACAAUUAACAGCAGCAAAUAAACUAGGAUAUCAGUUCAUGACUGGCUAGUGACUCUCAUGGGUCCAAAUGUUUUCAUUUCUUUGAAUUUGAUGUUUUAUAAAAUGAUGUGCAGAUCAUUCAUAAAAUGUGCAGGUCUGGCCUGCACUAAGCACCACAUCUCUCUCUCUUUCAGAGUUCUUUACGUCCCUGAAGAGAACACUGGGCAACCGAAUGUUCUUUAUGUUAUUGUGCUCAUCGUUGCUGCAGUUCAGCAGCUUUAUUGGUUAUUUAACAUACAGCCCGAAAUACAUAGAGCAGCAGUACGGUCAGCCAGCAUCCAGGUCCAACUUUGUAACAGGUGAGUCCUGUGUGUGUGUAUUAAUGAAAGGGACUUGAGCAGUAAAUGUGCAUAGUAACUGGCCAUUGUGCACAUUCACCAGGCCUCAUGAUGAAUGUGCACAUAACCCUUCCUAGAAGAGGGUGCUGUGUACAUUUCCCAGUCAAUAUACAUAACCUCCAACAGGCUUUGGGCACUGUGCAUAUCUUGAGUGAUCUUUGUACAUUCUCUAGCCGAUAUGCCUUGAUUUGUGGGAGGAGGUGAUUGGUUUGUUUUGGUUCUUCUUUUUAUUAUGCAUUUUGUGUUCUCAUUUUGUAUUUUAUGUUGUCAACCACCCACUGACCUUUGGAUGAAGUAUUCGGAUGAAAUUUCAUUAAUAACAACAACAGCAGCAGCAGCAAUAAUUGCCAAUCGGUAUUGGGGAAUGUGCAUAUUUCACAUGUGUUUUGUACAUUCUCCAGGCAAUUUGCAGAUUAUCCAGUCAGUAUGCAUGAUCUCCAAGAAACACGCAGUCUUUGUACCCCAGGCUGCUUCUGGAACACUGCCUAAUCCUCAUGGCCCACCUGAAGAAGUAGGAAGAAGGCAGUCCAGCCCCUUUUCACAACUCUCUGUUGUUCCCGAUUCAUCUGAUCAGAUUACUUUUGUAUUUCUCCCACAUGUGUCUAAUAGGAGGUUAAGAUCUAAAUCUACAGAUUUAAUCUGCAAUCCAUUUCCCACAAAGAGGAGGAGCAAUACUGUAUUCUUAAUGUUGGUCCUUUCCCCCUUUUAACAUUUCCAGGGUAUCCUUUCAGUCUCCCCACCCGUUUGCUGUCCCUGUUAAGUCAUUUGCAAUGUGGGGGGGACAGGACAUGAUCCUUAUUUCCUUCUUUGUCUUUUAUUCCAGCCGUCACAGCCAUACCAGCAGUCUGCCUUGGUAUAUUCCUAGGAGGCUUCAUCAUGAAAAAAUACAAAAUUGGCAUAGUCGCCGCAACCAAAAUGGCAUAUGUCCUGUCAUUUCUAGCAUUUGUCAUUUCGCUAUUCUACUUAAUAGUGGGCUGUGAGAACCGCACAGUGGCUGGAUUGACAGUAUCUUAUGAUGGGUAUGUGAUACAGAUGCAGUGUGUGUGUGUGUGUGUGUGUUGCAAAGAUUGGUACGUAGCUUUGGAGGUACAUUGGUACCUCGGGUUACAGACCCUUCAGGUUACAGGCUCCACUAACCCAGAAAUUGUGCUUCAGGUUAAGAACUUUGCUUCAGGAUGAGAACAGAAAUCGAGCUCUGGCAGCGCGGUAGCAGCAGGAGGCCCCAUUAGCUAAAGUGGUGCUUCAGGUUAAGAACAGUUUCAGGUUAGGAACAGACCUCCAGAAUAAAUUAAGUACUUAACCUGAGGUACCACUUUAUUCCUGGAUCCGUCUUUGCCAUUGGAGGCCCACAUGACCUUGGCAGCUAGGAGUGUCUUUUACCAGCUUCCUGUGGUACGCCAUCUAUGAUCAUAUCUGGCCAACGUGGCCAUUGUAGCAUUUGGUAACCUUGAAAUGGGACUUCUGCAAUGUGCUGUGUGUGGAGCUGCCCUCAGGCCUGGCCUGGAAGCUCCAGCUGGUGGGAAAUGAAACAGCUAGACUGCUGGUGGGAGCAGACUACGUGUGGCACCUCUGCUAAAACAUCUCCACUGGUUCCCCCAUGUGGGAUUCCCAAAAAUAGACCAGAGGCAGUUAAUAUUUCAUUCAGAAGAGCUUUACUGCUACUGAAGGCAAAUGAGCAUAACGGUCACGAAUCCAAUACAUUCAGGAUUGGCACUGUCCAUAAGAAAUCCAGUUGCAGCAGACUUAACUUAAAUUUACAAUAAGUUAUAAUAAGACUAAACCAUAACAUUAAGCAUACUGUGUACAGAACACCACACCAGAAGGAAAAGAGACAGAAAGAGAAAGUGAAAACGCAGGCUCCUUUUGGCCUUACUUUUAUAGUCAGCAUGACCUUGACUGAAGAGAUAACAAAAGCAGUUUAAGCCAGCUGUGCUCAGCUUCUCUGAAGGAAUAACCCAAACAUCAUGAACCUUCUGCUUGUUUCUUUUACGCAGAGAAGCUUCCAGAACCCUCUUGAAUUAAUUAGAAUAGGAAAGAUCUCUACACAUCAGAUCAAUACUUUCUGUACCUAGAAAUGCAAAUUGACAACUGGACAGGGGUGGCCCAACACAUUUUGCCACCUGAGGCAAAAUGGGGAGUUGCUGGUUCCACCUCCUCCUUCCCCCUGCUGAAGCCGAGGUCCUGGUCCUCUCCUCGCUUUUCUGGCAGCAGAGGCACCAGGUGGGCUUGGUGGCAGGGCAGACACAGCAGUGGGGUUUGCCACCUCUGGAUCCCAAUGGAAUCUCACUUCCUAAGACAUUCACCUCAGUGUGCCUAAGGGUAAUGCCAGCUCUGCUACCAGGCCAGGUUCAACGUUCUCAUGUUCAGAGACAAAUUUCUGCACAACCUGGGUGGGUCCAGGGUACCUUAAGGAUCCGUGAGAUCCUCUGGAGGAGAGCUGUUUGCUGUUCCCUGUGCGUCAUGGACUGGAGGGACACAGAAAAAUGGUGGGAGGAACCCCUGAGGGAAGAAGGUUCAGAGCCAAGUGAUUGAUGGUGGGACAAUGAAGAACGAUCAGAGGGAGAGGACUGGGGAAAGGAGGUGCUGAAAGCUAAAGAGGCAACAGGGCUUAGUGAGCUGAGAGAGUCAGUGGCAGAGAAAAUUCCAAAUCAGAGGCAGGAGCUAAAGCAGGAGAGGAGGGAAGCCAAGAGGCAGAGAUGAGUCCAGCUGGUGAAGAGGCACGGGUGUCUCCCACUCCUGCUGUGACAAGCUGCCCUCCCCACUUAUCUCCCAGAACCAAGAGAGGCAUGAAAAGGGCCAAGAAGAAGUUGACUUCUCAUAGGUGUAGUCUCAGAUUGCUUGGGGGGAAUCCCUGGAGAGCAGGGGACUUAGGCAGCUGUGGGGAGGUGGACCUUCAGUCUCUACAACUGCUUCAUAGGGCCAAUAUCUGCUGGAGAUGAGCUGCCGCGCUCAUUAGGCCUGCCACUCCUGUGCAGAUCUGUUUUUGCUAAUAAAGAGUUAACACCAACUUGCUUGGUGUAAUUUACUACUGUCUCACUUCUCUGACCAAAAUCACUAGAAGUUGAGUAUUUAGUCACUCUUCCAGCAUCUGGAGGGCACCCUGUUGGUUACCCCUGUGCUAGAUGUGCCUUAGGAUGAACUAAAAGAAAACCUCCCUGCUUAUUCCACAAGGCAAGCGGUUGCACAGGGUGCAACUCCUUUAUCUUCAGCCUGUAACCUGAAUUGCAACUGUGCCACAAACCAGUGGGAUCCGGUCUGUGGAGAAGAUGGGAUGACAUAUGUGUCGCCCUGUUUCGCUGGAUGCAAAGCUGUGACAGGAUCCAGGAAAGACACAGUAAGAGCUUUGUUUUCGUGAAAAUAAUAACAGUAGUAGUAGUAGUAGUAGUAGUAAUAUAUUUAUACCCCACCCAUUUGGGCUGGGUUUCCCCAGCCACUCUGGGUGGCUCCCAACAGAAUAUUAAAAACACGAUAAAACAUCAAACAUUAAAAACUUCCCUAAACAGGGCGGCCUUCAGAUGUCUUUUAAAAGUCAGAUAGUUGUUUAUUUCCUUGACAUCUGAUGGGAGGGCGUUCCACAGGGUGGGUGCCACUACUGAGAAGGCCCUCUGCCUGGUUCCCUGUAACCUCACUUCUCGCAGGGAGGGAACCACUAGAAGGCCCUCGGCGCUGGACCUCAGUGUCCGGGCAGAAGGAUGGGGGUGAAGAUGCUCCUUCAGGUAUACUGGGCCGAGGCCGUUUAGGGCUUUAAAGGUCAGCACCAACACUUUGAAUUGUGCUUGGAAAUGUUCUGGGAGCCAAUGUAGGUCUUUCAGGACUGGUGUUAUAUGGUCUCGGCGGAGGCAGUGCUGCCUUUUACCUUGAAAGGGGAUUGGGGGCAGAGAAAUGAAAGGAAUUUCUGGUGUCCCCUACUUCUUUUUCUUUCAAGAAAGGUGGGCAAAGGCAGAAUAGAUAGGCAUAUGGAGUCCAGGAUUUCGCUUCUAUUCAUUUAUUUACCUUAUGCAAAAAAACUUUUAACCUUCUUUUCAGGUUUUUCAGAAUUGUAGCUGCAUUGAAAAAGGGGAUUCUGGGCUGAGGAAUUCCUCGGCAGUUUUGGGAGAAUGUCCAAGGACUGACAGUUGCUCAAGAAAUUUUAUUUAUUAUGCAGUGAUCAAAACAGUGGCUUCCUUUUUCUAUGCGCUGGGAGGGACUCCUUUUUACAUGAUCAUGAUUCGGUAAGUAACAAGUUGUGCCUGCCACAAGAAAGGCCAUACAGGUAAUAUCCGCUUCUUUCCUUGUUUCAUAUUAAAAGUUCCCUGAAAACAAAUACCAUAAUUCCAUUGCCCUCUGCUGCAGAUUUCCAAACCCCCGGGAAGAGACCCUUAGUAUACUGUGGCAACUGAGCAUGCUAAUUUCUCAAUUGUUGCCUACUGUAGUUUUCGCUCCAUACGACGCACCUGACCAUAAGACGCACCUAGUUUUUAGAGGAGGAAAACAAGAAAAAAUAUAUUCUGAAUGAAACAGUGAAUGUAUGAUUUUUGUGCUUCAUGCUGUUGCCACAGACCUGUGAUUUGACAGUGAAUUUGGGGUGACCCAAUGCAAAAAUCCUGAGGAUCCAUGUGGAUCUGUGCUUUGUAACCACAUUUUUGCGCCAUUGCGACCCCACGCAACAGUGGAUGCAUAAUUUUUUUGGUGCAGGCUGUAGCCAUGGACAUGCUAUGUGAUCUGAUGUUGAAUUUGGGAUGACCCAGUGUAAAAAUCCUGAUGAUCCAUGGGCUUUUACCUCCCUGCUCCUAGGCAGCCUCCUUCAUCUCUAUUGUCCCUUAUCUCCCUCCCGAUUACUUACCGAUCAGCUGCUUCCUUUCAACAUCCCCUUCCCUCUUGUUUGCCUUUGUGUCUUUUCCUUAGCUGGAGCAGUUUUUUGCUCCUCCUUUUCUUCUAAUUUCUUUCCUCAUUGCUUUAGUCUUCCUGUCUCCUCUCCUUGCAAGUUCGCUGUCUUUACCUCCCCCCUCUCAGGCAGCCUCCUUUAUUGCUAGCGUCCCUUAUCUCCCUCCCGAUCACUUGCCGAUCAGCGGCUUUGUUUCAACACCCACUUCCCUCUUUUUUUAAAAAAGCAUGAUCUGCUUUUUGCCCCAGGGCAAUUCGGCUCCAUGGACCACGCAUUCGCUCCAUAAAAUGCACAGACAUUUCCCCUUACUUUUUAGGAAGAAAAAAGUGUGUCUUAUGGAGCGAAAAAUAUGGUACUUUAAAAAAGAGAAAAUAACCUAUUUGUUUAAUUACUCAGUUUCUAUCCUGCCCUGCCUCCCAAAGGAAGCCAGGGUGGUAAAUUGUACUUUUGCAAAUCCUGAGAUUCCCCCCUCUUCUUUCACAGUGGCCCAGUCUUCCAUCAGGACACCAUUUCUAUUGGCACUCAUAAGCCGAGUUCAGUAUUAGAGGGAGUCGUACCAAUAAUACACUGCAAUUCCUCUUUUUUUACCCCAAAUCCCAGCCUUUCAGAGCUGUCUAAAUUCACUGGAGGCAAGGCUUGAGUUCACAUAGCUACCCUUCCUCCAUGGUCAUAAAGUUUGCUGAAUCAGGCACACUCCUGAACUCACCUUUUGCACCAGGCUCACUUUUGUCACACUUUUCCAACAUCCCAUCAUGCUCUGCAGUGACUACGUCGAUUAGAUUGGAGGGAACAUCAGAAGCUCUCUUAUUCUGAGUCAGGCUAUUAUCCACACUGAUUAUCCACGCUGAUUGGAGGUCUUGCUGACCCUUGCGUUACACUGGAGAGGCUCACAAUUGAAUCUGGGACCAUCAGAAUGCAAAUUGUGCUCUCCUCCAAUGAGCUUCCCCCCACAAUUGCUGCUUAAAUGCUAGGAAGGGAAGAAUCCGCUGUUGGUUUACUGAGCAUCACAUUGAGACGCUUAUGCGGAAAGCAAAUAAUAAUAGAUGAUAACACAGCCAAAGCACUAGCAAUGGAUUGCUCACUGUGUUAGUAACAUGACAGAUAAUUUAUAGAGACUUGCAGGAAUGUAUAGAAGCAUAUUUUCCACUAAUGCUGAUUUCUUUCAUCAUUUAGGUGCGUAGAUCCAGAACUGAAGUCACUUGCAGUUGGACUCUAUAUGCUUGUUUUGAGAGCUUUGGGUAAGAAACAUCACCAUUCUGGUCAUUUUUGAAUAUCACUGGACACCCCCCCCCCCGCCCCAGUUCUUCACACACUCACACUCACACAGGCAAGUAAGCAAGAAGUAUGUGGGGCAGGCUUCUGUUGGAGCGACACUGACAUUACUCUGAUGUAGGCCAGCUGGGUUGGGCAGAAGGACCCAGUCCAAUGUAAAGAAGAUUUGGAUUGGUCUCUCUGUGAAAGAGAUGUAUGGGGGGGGUGAGGGAAGGGUGGGAGAGGGAGGUAUGUGUGCACAGUCUGUGCAUGCCACUGAGAUUGCUCCUCAUCAGGCUGAUUUUGGUCCCCCCCCCGAACUUCUGUACUUUUGCAAAUGUUGGGGUUUCCCCUAUCUAACUGAGAUCACUCCCUUUGUUUGUGGCUGUUGCCAGUUUUGCUCCAUACCUGAAGAAUGUUUGCUGUCAGUUAUCUGUUAAGAUGAUUCGGUUGAGCAAUCCCCCAAGUGGCUUAUGAAACCUGCAUGCUCAGAGGUGGUGGUAGGGGGUUGGGAGGGGCGUGUCUGUCUCAGAACUGUGGAUGUAUAAGCCGAUAAGGACCAUCAAUUCCCUGCUAAAGGCAACUAGUUGACCACUGCUGGAAAGAAAAUGACCUGAGCAAGGCAGGCCAUGCAUUAUUGCAAUGACCUGCUCAGUAUUUUGGGUUACUGGGCUUCUAAGACUUACACACAUACAAACACCCUGUCUCUACUAUCACCCUACCCAAGAAUAUUGUCUAAAAAUGUGCUUUAGAUGACAACCUAUAUUUAGCGCUUGAUGUUUUUCAGCUGGAAUUCCAGCCCCUGUUUAUUUUGGAGCAGUGAUAGACAGGGCUUGCUUGAAGUGGGCAAGCAGCAGCUGUGGCAAGCGAGGAGCUUGCAUGCUUUAUGAUGCGACAGUAUACAGGUGAGCUCCAUUGGAAUCCCACAGCUUCUCUGUCAUCUCAAGGGCAGCUGCCUCAUUAACUUAAUGCAAUGGCUGGGCUCAAUCUAGAUGACUUCCUGCCUGGCAGCCAUCCAGGUGGAGUCCUCUGAGGCUAGCCAUCUCUCUGUCAAUUAAUUUUAAUGCCUGGCGCCAGGAUCCAUCUCUCUUGGGCAAUUUGUUAAGAGAACAACAGGGCUUCAAGUUAUAGUUGGCUAAAUUACGUUGAUUAAUGGACUAGAGCUUUGGGGUGCAACCAUAGAAUCGUAGAAUUGAAAGGUCUCAUGCAGAAGGACUCAGGUUCAAUUCUGGGCACCCCUGGGCAGGACUAGGAGAGACGCCUGUCUGAAAUCCUGGAGAGUCACUGCCAGGCAGUGUAAUCAACGGUCUGUCUCAUUAUAAGACAGCUUUCUAUGUUCUUAUCUCCCCCUCUGGUGUUGGAGGAGGAAUCGCUUAACCUGACCUAGUAGCAUAUGGACAGCCAGGGUAGAUGUCUUAGGAAAGAUGACACACACUGUUUGGCCACAGCAGCAGUUUAGUCACUGCAUUCUGUACUGGCCGUAGUUUCUGGACCAGUUGUGUGCCCAGCCGCAGAGUCCCCAUCCCCACUGAGCGUGCCCAACUAGGGUAUAUGAAUAAAGGGGCACCACAACUGUCUGGGAUUAAAAGGCCACAACUUUAUUGGUUAAAGAAAUAGGUAAGGUAAAGGUAAAGGGACCCCUGACCAUUAGGUCCAGUCAUGGCCGACUCUGGGGUUGCAGCACUCAUCUCGCUUUAUUGGCCAAGGGAGCCGGCGUACAGCUUCUGGGUCAUGUGGCCAGCAUGACUAAGCCGCUUCUGGCGAACCAGAGCAGUGCACGGAAAUGCCAUUUAUCUUCCUGCCGGAGCGGUACCUAUUUAUCUACUUGCAGUUUGACGUGCUUUCGAACUGCUAGGUUGGCAGAAAGAGGUAGGUAGGCAUAGGUAUUGGACGUGUAGCCCUCUCAGCCUCCUAGUGGGGGUAUGGAGUAUGACAGGGUCUGCUUGGGGCGGGGGGGAGGGGGAAGAGAAGCGGUCGUGGCAAAACACAGGUUUACACGGAUGGCCCGACCCUAAGAGUUGAGGAAGCUCUAUGGCCCUUUAGCCACCCGCUUCCGGCUCUAUGCUCCUGUCCGACUGCGCUGCCAAGGGCUGCCUCAGCAAGCUUAUUUAUGCCUGGGGAGUGGACCUGAGGGAAGGCUCCGUCCCUCAGGUCUGCUCCCCAAGCUGCACCCCACCCCCACCCCCGACUGCCGUGGAUAGGCUGAUUUGAAUAGUGGGCUUGGCAGAUGAAUCUGACAAAUGCAUUUUCUCAAAAUUAGCAAAGUUUCCCCCACUUUGCUGCUUUAAUGAGGCCGUAAUAUUUGGAGGAGCACUGGGUUCACCCCCUAAUCAAGACUAAUUGAUUCCAGUGAUCUUUUGUUUUGUUUAGCAAUUGAACCUUGUGGCUGCUACUAUCUGUUUUGCUUUCUGCUAAAUAUUUUGCACAUUAUCACACUACAAUUUCAAAUUAUUAUGAUGAUGUUGUGUUGCAACUUACACCGUAAGCCGCUCUUAGGAUUUUUUGUGUGUUUGUGAUAUAUAGAUAGAUAGAAAAAGCAGGAAUGAAAAAGUCAAAUAUAAACACAAUUCCUCUGUGGGUUCUUCUCUUAUGCAGACAUUAUUUCUUCGGUCUAACAUUUGUCUUAAGAGCUCCAUCGUAUCUGCUGGGCAUAGUCUUCUUCUUGUUCGUGAAGAAACAUUUUGGAGCAAAACAGGAUGAUUCCCCCGAAACCAGGAGGAAAGAAGAUGCUCUGAAUGGGGAAACAAAGCUUAAUGGCGCCGAACAUACGGCAGGCCUUUCAGAUGCAGAAAUGGACACCUGCAUCUAGCGCAAAUGAACCAUCGCACUGUACUUAGGCAAUCAUGCACAGACCAUUGGAGGGGGGGGCAUCUUGACUAUAUGAAAGAUUAAACCGUCCAACACAGCAGUGCAUUAUUUAAUAGCA